AAUAAGCGAUAAAAAGAAUUCCUCGAAGGAAGACACCUUGCGUUGCACGUGAAAAUACAGUAGCGGAAGCGGCUAUUUUCCGUAAUAUCGAUACUAAGGAUGCGGGCUAUCCAGUGUUGCGUUUGCCUCGCGUUGCUGCUAAUGACAGCGUCGGCCGUCCCGGCAUCGUCGAAGGGCGACUCGAUCAAAGUCAAGAAAACCACGUCGAUCGCGCCCGGAGGAGGCAAGAAUACAUCCGUGAUUAUCGUGACAACGGCAGCAUCGAGGCCGAACGUCACGUUACACUCGCCGUCAUUCUCGUCAAACGCGGCGACAUCGACAUCGACAUCGACGACGACGACGACGACGACGACGGCGACGGCGACGGCGACGGCGCCGCAGACAGCUGGCACAUCCGCCACGACGACGCUGAAAUUACCAGCGACUUCGUCAACGAUGAUUGCGGCAACGGCGUCGGCGACAUCGACGGCGACAACAGCCGCGUCGUCAUCAGCGGCAUCGUCCACGGCGAGUUUCUCGAUUCCGCAUGACGGCUCGAGUCCCACCUACAUCACCGAGACAUCGCCGAGGAUAAUCUCGCCUACUCAACACACCGCGGCCACGGUAUUGUCAUCGAGAAAAUCAGCAGCCUCCGCAACUGCCGCCGCCGCAGCCGCCGCCGCUGUCGCCGAUAUCACGACCACCGCACCUUUGACAUCUGCCAAGGAGACGCGGGAGUCGCCCGGAAAGAUUAGACCGCAAAUCAAAUUGACAACAAAUUACACCACAACCAGCGAGACGGGGGUACGACUGCCGGAGGGAGCGAGCGCGGCGCUCGCAAAACCGACCAAGUAUCAUUACUACCCGCACAAUCAGCAUAUCUACUUGCUGCCGGAGUGUGCUGUUCAACAGGUGUGCAACGCCGUUUACGUCCGAUUAAACUUCACGCAACCACUGUGUGCCUGUCCCGGAAGGUACCGGGACCCUUGCAGCGCAUCCUUGGACAGCGACGAUCUGCACACGACCGAGCUGGUGACCGAUCCGCGAACCAAGGCCUUGACCCUGGUGAAAACGUGCGAGCCGGUCGCUGAAAUGCGAGAGUGCAGAGCAUCGCGGGAUUGGUCCCUGUUGGCACUGCAGAACGUGCGUACGGGAAAGUCUCACUAUCUCGUGAUAUGCCGAUGUCCCGACACAAACAUACUCGAGGGUCCUAUGAGUCACGAUCAACCAACUUAUGCCAGCGUUCCGGGCAUUCGAGUAUACGGAAUGAUGUGCGUGCAAGGAAACAGAAGGGGACGACCGCUACGAUAUUCGCGCAGUGUUUCAGGAUAUGCAGAGGACGAGGAGAAGCCACGUUUCCCUUGGCACAAAGUGCGGCAGCUGAUGACGACGCCGUCUCUUUGGGAAUAGUUUCGCGUCGCGAUGUCCCACUCCACAUCUGCCAUCGACGAAUUUACACGUUAAUUUAUAAUACUAUUAUAUUUAUAAUUCUCUCUUCUCUCCCAGCCAUUCGAAUCCUACAAUCGAACUCUCUUCAUUUUCCCAUCAUUUCCCUCUUAUCACUCCCACGCUUUCUUAACCCUCGAAUGGGCGGACUAUAAUAUCGUCCAUAAUUUUAUAUCGAUGAAUUACUUUUGCGCUAUCAGGCACGAUAACUAUUGACUAUAAAAAAUAAAAUAAGAAAGAAAGAAAGUAGGAAAGAACUUUUAAAAACUAUGCAAAUGUAAAAAGUGUCCAUACGAGGGUUGAUAGAUAGGACAAAAUCGCCUAUGUGACUUAUUUUCAUCUUUACUUGAUUAUUCGUUUUAACUAUAUUUAUUAAUCAUGGUUUUUAUGUUAUAUUAAUUGAGUAAUGUAAUUUGAGUUAAUUAAUUAAUUACAUGCGGCAUAUAAUUCGACAAAUAUGAAUUAUGAUGAGGAAAACGGAUGGUUUUGCCGCCCAUAACAAUAUAAAGAGCUAUCUGAUCGUGCGAAUUUAAAGAGAUAAAAAAAGAUAGGAAUAUAUAUAGUACCUGAAUUUUGAGACAAAAUUUUAAAAUUUAUAUUUUUUUUUCUUUCAUUAUCAAGUAAAAUAUUCAGUAAAAUAUGCUACUAUAUAUUCCGAAGGUAUUUGUUCAUUGUCAGCUUAGUCGACUCGCGAUGUUAAUAAAGCGAUUCGGGAAGGCAUUCGAGAGGCAUUGAUGUAGAUACUUUGAGUCAUGCAUCUACGAUUACGUGACUUAAGGAAAGCUCAGAGAUGCACGCGCUUGAUUGUAUUUAACUGCUAUACGAGAGACAUAAUAUUAUCUAUAAU